AGUAUAUUGAUGUGGCGUUACUCUCCAAAGCGUUUCAACAUAUUGAAAACCGGCAAUAAUUUGUACAAUUUAAGAGGUCUAGUUAAUGUAAUCGCAGGUGACUUAUCAAAGAAACCUAAUAUUUUACAGUUAAAAUCUGUGAUAUGGUACAUCCAACACACAGAAAGUAAAUCAUUAAGUAGUUAUGUGAUGUGAUAGUCGGAUUUUGGGAAAUUGUCAGAUUUACCCAAUGAGGACAGUAUUGGAUGCGCCAUUCGGGACAUAGAACGUCAAAACACAAAGGCUUUGUAUAGUGCCUUUACAGUUUGGAUUAGAGACAUACUAUAAUGAGCCCUGCUCAUAAUGCUAUAAUAUUCUUCUUACAUAUUUACUCAACAAAAUAAUACAGAAUUACAAUAACACAUUUUAUAUUUGCUAGAAAAUCCUCCCCGAAAUCAAUGCGAUGGCAACACAACUUUCUGGUGCUUCAGCGAAACAAUCAAUGGACAAUGUGGAAAAGCGACUCCCCCAAGUCGACUCUGAUCGUGAAUUUAAACGUCAAAAUGGGUGCACCCCUCUUCACUUGGCAGUAAAGAGAAAGAUGUAUUUAGAAGUGGAUUUGUUGUUGGAAAAAGGAGCUUGCGUGAACGUCAUAGAUGAUUGGGGUAAUACUCCACUUUGCUCUGCAGUAGCAAGGUGUGAUGAUAUCAUGGUUAAGCUCCUCAUCCAGAAAGGAGCUGAUGUGAAUUACAGAAAUGCCCUAUAUCAGACCCCUUUGUUUGUUGCAGAACGAAUCAAAAUAAUACAAAAUUCAGCUCUGAGUGCAGCACGAAAACGACGCCUUGAUGAAAUAAUUUCGCUGUUGUUGAGCAAACAGAGUGAUAUCAAUGUUCAGGACUUGAAGGGUGACUCGCUCCUGCACACUUCCUGCUUUUAUAACUACACGGGAACAUUCCAGCACCUCACAGAAGCGGGGGCAGACGUGAACCUCAGAAAUGACUACAUGUACGAGACACCUUUGCAUAUUGCAGCAAAAACAGGUUUUGUCGAAGCUACUGAACUGUUGCUGGGUGAGCGAGCGGAACUGGACGCACAGAACCACAAGGGUAACACACCCUUGAUGCUCUCCUGCCGUUGUGGGUGUGCUGUAAUACUCAAGCGCCUGAUAGACUCGGCAGCUGAUGUAAAUGUCAGGAACGUGUACGGAGAGACCGCCUUACACAUCGCAGUUACCAAUCUAGCCGGUCACGAACGGAAGGAAAGAGAAAGAAACAGCAGUAACUGUGGAGCCUUACGAUCCAAUGCUAAGAACUGCCUCCAUGUUACUUGCCACCGUAACUCCUAUGCGUUAGUUGAGCACCUUAUCACCGCAGGAGCCAAAGUGAAUGUAAUAAAUAACCGUGGUCGAACACCCUUACAAAUAAUAGCAGAGUUGUUCAUAAAUACUGGUGCUGAGAAAGAAAUUUUAUUCGACAAUAAUAUUCGAGCUAUGAAACUUCUUUUAAAAAAGGGAGCUGACAGCAACGAUAGAGGUUAUUUUGACAUAACACCUUGGAUGCUCAUCAGUGAUUUUUCACCAUUGUGGACUGAGUCAAGGAUUUUUAUGUGCCAGAUGAUCCUAGAUUGGAGCUAUGUUUUUCAAAGAGAUGUUUCUGAUUGGGGAGCGUCCUUAUCUAGAGAAUAUUCGGAGUGCGUAAUGCAAUUAAAAAAGCACACUGUUAAACUAAAAUGUGCGAAUCUCCCAUUUGACAAACAAGUGGACAUCACAUCAGAAACGUUUCAUUCCUGGCAAUCAGAAUGUUGCGUGGAGUUGGGUAAAGCAAAGAAUGCUAGGUUCGGCAGCCACACACUUCAUGAUGUGCUUUGUAAUGGUUAUUUAGAUUCUGAUCCAACAUAUGUGUCAAACGAGGAAUUGGAGCGAGCAAUAUUUUCUUCUGAUUUGGAAUCGAAAUUCCCAAUCUACGCUUCUCUGUUACAAGCAAAAUUCACAAGAGACAAGAGGAGAAAACACCUAUUGGACUCUGCUGUAGAUAGAUUGACAGUCCUGUUACAUGAAAGUGAGAGUGUAAAUUAUGUAUACCUACCAAAUGAGAUCCUAAGGAAGAUAUUGUCACACACUGACGAUAACUGCUUAAAACGUGUUAUAAACAGUUAAUGCUAGUGAUCAAA